AUUGCUAAUUUAAGAACUUAUUUUCAGAUGCAGGCUGAAACAUCUACUCUACACCGCGCAAUUUGCGCAGUAGAUGACACAACACCGAUCAAACUGAGGGAACCAGAAAUGCGCAUAAACCACCUUACUAAGGACGAAAAACUGCGCACCUGGAUGGGUAAACCUCUGCACGGGCGACAUCCCAAUGAGAUCAGCCAAGACUAUGUUGACAAUACAGCGUCGAACUAUUGGUUGACAUCAGGAAAGAUGUUCCCUGAAACGGAGGGUUCAUUACUGGCCAUUCAGGAUCAGGUUAUACCAACCAGAAAUUACCUGAAAUAUAUCGUCAAAGACCCUCAGGUUCAAAACGACAGAUGCCGAUAUGGAUGUCAAGCCCAAGAAACCAUCCAACAUCUUACAGGGGGCUGCCAGGCAUUUGCUGCAAUUGAAUACAAGGAACGGCAUGACGCAGUGGGAAAAAUCCUUCAUCAAGAGAUAGCUAUCAAGCUGGGACUCCUCCAAACGGACCAUCUCACGUAUUAUCAAUACGUCCCUGAGAGUAUGCUUGAGGAUGGCAACUACAAGCUAUACUGGGACCGCACUGUGCUCACAGACCAAACAGUGGCACAUAAUAGACCAGAUCUCGUACUAGUUAAUAAAUUAACAAGACAAACAACACUAAUUGAUGUGGCGAUACCUAACAACAAUAAUCUACGUAGUAAAUUCACUGAAAAGAUCGCCAAGUACAGAGAUCUAGAAAUUCAAAUACGAAGGCAAUGGAGAAUGCAAAGUACCCAGACGAUACCUAUUGUUAUAUCUACUACUGGAGUCAUUCUGAAGAACCUCCUCGAAAGCAUACAAAGGCUGGGUCUAAAUGAACAUCUUUACAAGACCAUGCAGAAAGCUGUACUACUCACAACGGCCAGAUGUGUACGAAAAUUUUUGGGAGAUACACCUGCAUACCAAGCCACCUAGGGCUCGAUAACACGGAAAGAGUCCCACCAGAGCUCAAUCCUUUUGAUACCGUAGGUAUCUGGGAUGAGUCAAUUUUCCCCCUUAGA